AUGCAGUUGUUGAGUCGCUGGCAAUGGACCGGCCUGGCCGGAUUGAUUGUCAUCGCUCUUAUCACUUUGUUUCAAUAUCGAUCGCCGAUCGCCCGAGAUCCGCUCGCGGUAUCACCGGUAUCACUCGAUUUCAACGCAACCGAGGCCGUUGAGGAAUCGACAAUAACUUUGGAUUCUACAAAAAAGUCACCUGGAGUAUCUAAAUUCCACCUCUUGAUACCAAGCACGGGAUCGAAUCACCAACUAUGCCGAACUCUUGCGUCCGCUACAAUCCUGGGGUACCCAGUCCCUGUUUUCAACGGCUGGAAAAAAGAGGGUGACCUAGACGCGGCCAAGACGCAUCUAGCUAAAGUACGCAAUGUUAUGCUGUAUUUAGAGACCCUUCCGCCCUCCUCGGACGAUGAUCUAGUUCUUAUGGUCGAUGGCCUCGAUGUGACUUUCCAGAUCCCUCCAGAUGUCUUGAUCCAGCGCUAUUUCGCCAUCAACAGAGCAGCGAACGCUAAAAUUGCGACGCGCUUUGGAGAGGACUACAUUAAGAGUCUGCCACCAGAUGACGCUCCCCGACAAACAAUUCUCUUUGGCCCUGAGAAAGUAUGUUACCCGACAGACUGGGCUCGUGUGGGAUGUUGGGCAAACCCCCAUGACAUCGGCAUUCCCAUUGGUGCAUUUGGACCCGAUGAUGGACAGUUUAGCCAUAAUCUUCCACGAUGGCUCAACUCUGGCACUAUCAUGGGUCCCGUGGGAGAUAUGCGACGCCUCUUUGCGGCCACCUUGGAUCGCAUCAAGGAUUUCUAUGACUCCACCCAGGAAUUUAGUGACUCCGACCAGAAAUACAUGAGCGAUGUAUGGGGUGUGCAAGAGUAUUAUCGUUCUAUGAAGGAACUCGAACCCUUUUUCCACGGCGACAUCGAUCCAAAUCGCGUUGUGCCGACCGGCGGGCCUGAGAAGGUGAUUCCCCCUUAUAUCCGAGAUCAGAGGGCAGAGCUGCACGUUGGCGUUGAUUACCGAUCGGGAAUCUUCCAAACCAACGCAGGCUUCGAACACGUCGUGGAGUUCCUCACCUACAACGAGACCGGAGCUACAAACAGCACCUCAGCAGCUUGGGUGACCCAAAACAUCAGCGAGUCCCCAAACUUCAAACCCUUCAAAAUCUCGCUACCUUCCAACCUCGCCAACUCAAUUUCCAGCUUGCUGAAAUCGAUCUCUCACGCUGUCGACGCUAUCCCAAGUGUCACCGAGCUCCGCCUCGGAACCAACAUCGUAACCCAGAACAUCUACGGCAUGUAUCAUUGGACCGGAAGCAAAGAUGAUAUGGAUACCUUAUGGGGACAUAUGUGGUUCUAUCCAUACGUGCGGCCGCUAUUCCAAUCAGCCAUUGCGGCGUUGAAGGUGGACCAGGCCAUCGGUGUCGCGGAUGGGCGCACUUGGGUUCCCGCUCACAAACUUCCUACAAAUUCAACCGAAAUAGAAGGUAUUCGGGCUGCUGGAGCUUGGGCUGAUAUAGAUGGUGGGUGGCUGGGGUGGGAAGAGAUCUGUGGGAACUAUGAAGUUGAGGUGUUUGGACCUUGA